GACUGAAGUCGCGAACAAGAGAGUCUACAGAGAUGUCACGGCGUAGGUCGAGAUCCCUGAGAUGAAGAACAGAGCCAGUGAUAGUCAGAACCUGGAGAUAUCAACAUCUGAAGAGACCUAACAGGCUUGACGCCAUCUGCAUAUCAACACCAACCGCUUACCGGGUUUGCCCUCAUUAAAAGACAAUCAACAAAGAUUGCACAAGUCUUUAUCGAUCACAGGUUCCUGGGAUUAUGACGAUUGACGGCACGUGUAACUCAGCCAUAGUCCAUGAUGGCUCUUGGCCUGGCUACCAGGGAACACUACCCCAUAGGGGAGUCCAUUUCAACGGACAAGGAGAAGGGAAAAUCGAUCACACUUUCCGAACUUUUGUCUUUCACCAUGGUCUCGCAGACAGUUGUUUCCUCCCUCCUGGUCGUCCUCGGCGCCGCCGGCGUCAGGGCCCAGCAACGCCAGAGUCUCUGGGGACAGUGCGGUGGUUCCGGCUGGAGCGGCCCUACACUCUGUGUUGACGGCGCGUGGUGCAACCCCCAAAACCAAUGGUAUCACCAAUGCAUUCCAGGCAGCGGUCCUACCACGGCUCAGCCUCAGGUGCCUACCACCACUGCCAGACCAACAACAACGCUCAUCACAUCUGUUGUUUCCACCACCUCCCCGUCGGGUCCCGUGGUGACGAAUCCUCCCGUGAACCCCGGUACUUGCCCAAACACACCGUCGGGCCUAGGAACGCCAGUGGCCAACCAGCUCAACGACCCCUUCACCUUCCACAACGGAAACAAGGUCACCAGCAAGGCGGACUGGGCCUGCCGCCAGAGGGAAAUCUCUGAGCUUCUCCAGCGCUAUGAGCUUGGAACUCUCCCCCCCAAGCCCAGCAGCGUGACGGCCUCCUUUUCAGGAAGCACGCUUUCCAUCUCGGUCUCUGAGGGCGGCAAGUCCAUUUCCUUCACCGUCUCCAUCAACAACCGUCCUUCCGGGGCGGGUCCGCACCCGGCCAUUAUCAACUUUGGCACCUUUGGCGCGUCGCUCCCUGUCCCUGCUGGCGUGGCCACCAUCAACUUCAAUAACGACGACAUUGCCCAGCAGCAGGGCGGCUCUUCCCGCGGCCGUGGCAAGUUCUACGACCUGUACGGGUCCAGCCACUCGGCCGGUGCGCUCACCGCAUGGGCCUGGGGUGUCUCCCGCAUUGUCGACGCGCUCGAGCUCACCCAGGCUCAGACUGGCAUUGACCCUACCCGCCUCGGUGUCACCGGCUGCUCGCGCAACGGAAAGGGUGCUAUUGUGGCCGGUGCCCUCGAGCCCAGAAUCGCCCUCACCUUGCCCCAGGAAUCAGGCGCUGGCGGCUCGGGCUGCUGGAGAAUUGCCACAUGGCAGAAGAACAACGGGCAGAAUGUCCAGGAUUCCACCCAGAUCGUCCAGGAGAACGUCUGGUUCUCGCCCAACUUCAACAGCUACGUCAACAACGUUAACCAACUUCCUUUUGAUCAUCACUUGCUCGCUGGUCUGAUUGCCCCCCGCGCCCUCUACGUCAUGGAGAACGUGGAUAUGGAGUGGCUUGGUAAGAUCUCGACCUACGGCUGCAUGGGAAUUGCCCGGAAGCAGUGGGAGGCUCUCGGUGUGCUGGACAACUUUGGCUACUCUCAGGUCGGCGGCAACAGCCACUGCAGCUUCCCGUCCAGUCAGCAAGGCAGCGAGCUCAAUGCCUUCAUUGACAAGUUCUUGCUCAAGAGGAGCGGAGGCAACACCAACAUCUUCAGAAGCACUCAGACUCACUCGAGCUUCAAUCUCAACAACUGGAGCCCGUGGGCUGUUCCCUCUCUGCACUAG